AUGCUGAACGCGCGAUUAACAGCCCACGCAGGUACAGGACACUCGCUCGGAAUGCAGCGCGCAAUGCAGCACGACAUGCAGCAGCAGCACUUCGGCGCUGCGCCGUACAUGACCGGCGGCCACAUCAAGUCGGAGAACGGCUCGGAGCGUGGCGUGUCGCCCCAUCCCUCGGACUCGUCGCGAUACUCGUCACAGCAACCGCAGCAGCAGCUGCCCGCCUAUCCCCAGAUGGCCCCUCAGCACAUGAACGGCAUGCGCUACCCCUCGCCCACGCAAAUGCAGGCCCCCAUGCCCAUGCUGAACAACAACAACUACAUUCCUCAGCCCCCAGACCACGCCUACGCGCAACCCCCGCAGCAGAUGCAGGAGCAGGGCCAGCAGCACGGCGGCCGCCCCGCGUCCGACACGGGUCCGCCCAAGGCCUUCGCGUGCUCGACGUGCGGCAAGGGCUUCGCGCGACGCAGUGACCUUGCACGUCAUGAACGCAUUCACAGCGGCAUCCGUCCUCACGUGUGCGACUACCCCAACUGCGGCAAGCAGUUCAUCCAACGCUCUGCCCUGACCGUGCACCAACGCGUCCACACGGGCGAGAAACCGCACAUGUGCGAGCGCUGUGGAAAGCCCUUCAGCGACUCCAGCUCUCUGGCGCGCCAUCGCCGCAUCCACUCGGGCAAGCGACCGUACAAGUGCCCUUACGCCGACUGCCAGAAGACGUUCACGCGCCGCACUACCUUGACUCGUCACCAGAACCAUCACACUGGCACCGUCGAGGAGGCGGCCGCAGCUACAGCGGCCGCGCUUGCCUCUCGUGCGACGGCACCUAGCAGGACCGGCCGCUCCGAUGGCGGUGACUACUCAGAAACCCAGUCUCCCCUGAACACGCCGUCUCCCAACGACCGCACCCUCUCUCUCUCUCCCGCCAACGGCAUGCCUGCCGGCGUCGUCCCCGCUAUGCACCGUCAGGCUUCGGACUACGCGUACAUGGGCGGCAUCAACGUCCCGCCUCACAUGCGCAGCGAGAUGCCUCAGCAGAGCCCUCGCGCUUCCCCGGCGUUGGCCCCGCAAUCGUACACGUCCAGCGUAAGCAACUCUCGUCCUACCAUCACGUCGCACCCCAGUGCGUACGGCCCACCGCCGAUUCUCGAGCCACCAGCGUCGGCCAACCACAACCAAUCCGGUGCCGGCAGCGCCAACGGUAGCCCUCACAUGGCUGCUAUGGGCUGGCAAUCCCCCUCGCAGCAGGCGCUUCCUUCGCCAGGAGGUGCCGACAACGGCUACGUGUACCCGGAGCCGCAGUACGGCAACACGCAGAACAGCAUGUACUACCAGAACCACAACAUCCGCCGACCCAACAGCACGGAGCCGGACCACUACAACCCAAACCAACAGAGAAUGGGCAACGAGAUGUGGGCACCCGCCGUGCAAUGA